CGACAUACUCCACUGAGCGAUCUGAGCAUUUCAAACCCUGCAGAGACAAGGAUCUGGCAUAUUGUCUCAACGAUGGCGCGUGUUUUGUGAUUGAGACCCUGACAGGAUCCCAUAAGCACUGUCGGUGCAAAGAAGGCUACCAAGGAGUACGUUGUGAUCAGUUUCUGCCGAAAACAGACUCCAUCUUAUCAGAUCCAACAGACCACUUGGGGAUUGAAUUCAUGGAGAGUGAAGAAGUUUAUCAAAGGCAGGUGCUGUCAGUCUCAUGUAUCAUCUUUGGAAUUGUCAUCGUGGGCAUGUUCUGUGCAGCAUUCUACUUCAAAAGCAAGAAACAAGCUAAACAAAUCCAAGAACAGCUGAAAGAGGCACAGAAUGGGAAAAACUACAGCCUCAAAGCAACCAGCGCAAUGGCCAAGUCGGAGAGCUUGGUGAAGAGCCACGUCCAGCUGCAAAAUUACUCAAAGGUGGAAAGGCAUCCUGUGACUGCCCUGGAGAAGAUAAUGGAGUCAAGUUUCGCUGGUCCCCAGUCAUUCCCUGAGGUUCCUUCUCCUGACAGAGGAAGCCAACCUGCCAAACACCACAGCAGGAGUCUCUCUUCUUGCUGCAGCCCAGGGCAAAGGAAUGGGAUGCUGCACAGGAACACCUUCAGAAGGACCCCCCCCUCACCCCGGAGUCGGCUGGGUGGAAUUGUGGGACCAGCAUAUCAGCAACUUGAAGAGUCAAGGAUCCCAGACCAGGAUUUGAUACCUUGUCAAGGGAUAGAGGUCAGGAAGACUAUAUCCCACCUGCCUCUACAGCUGUGGUGUGUUGAAAGACCCCUGGACUUAAAGUGUCCAUCCAAUGGCUUAAGAACUCAACAAAAUGCAUCAAUAAAUAUGCAACUGCCUUCAAGAGAAACAAACCCCUAUUUUAGUAGCUUGGAUCAAAAAGACCUAGCGGACUAUUCAUCCCCAAGGGCCAGUUCUGUGCCCAUCAUCCCUUCAGUGGGUCUAGAAGAAACCUGCAUGCAAAUGCCAGGGAUUUCUGAAGUCAAAAGCAUCAAAUGGUGCAAAAACUCCUACUCUGCUGACAUUGUCAACGUGAGUGUUCCAGUCAGCGAUUGUCUUUUAGCAGAACAACAAGAAGUGAAAAUAUUACUAGAGACUGUUCAGGAGCAGAUCCGAAUUCUGACUGAUGCCAGAAGGUCUGAAGACUAUGAACUGGCCAGCGUGGAAACCGAGGACAGUGCGAGUGAAAACACAGCCUUUCUCCCCCUGAGUCCCACGGCCAAAUCAGAACGAGAGGCACAAUUUGUCUUAAGAAAUGAAAUACAAAGAGACUCUGUGUUGACCAAGUGACUUGAGAUGUAGGAAUCCGUGCAUUCUAUGCUUUGCUCAACAGGAAAGAGAGGAAAUUAAAUACAAAUUAUUUAUAUGCAUUAAUUUAAGAGCAUCUACUUAGAAGAAACCAAAUAGUCUAUCGCCCUCAUAUCAUAGUGUUUUUUAACAAAAUAUUUUUUUAAAGGGAAAGAAAUGUUUCAGGAGGGAUAAAGCUUACCACUUAAGCUUUUGGGGAGAAUUCUGAAUCCAAUUCCAGUUAGUCCUAACACUGUCCUCUUUGGCUGUUGGAAGAUUUGGGCAAUUCAGACCUUUGGUCCCUCAUGACAGUGUCUGCAUAGAAAAGCACUGGAGGUCACCUGGCUUCAAGGAGACAAACUGUAUCCUGAGGGUGGAUACAGGUGAGCAGGUGGCCCUGGUCAUUUUGCUCUCAAGUUAUAACCCCUAAAUUUCUACUCAUCAACACUCUCAUCACAGGAUAUGUCAUGUCAAGGAAUGUAGUGUUUUGUAUCUGAUUUUUGAAGACUGGCACAAAGAUGGGAACUGGAAGGAAGACAGGCAGUGGAGUGUAGAGAGAAUAAGUGGGUGGGGCAAUCUUAGCACUCUCGUGUGCCAUCUUUCUCUGAAAUUCGAAAGUACAGAAAUUCAGAGGGAGGUAUGAAAUUAUUACAGGAAAGACAAAGAAAAAAUCACAAUGUCCUGUCACUAAAAUAACACUAAAAGAAGUGUUUAUCUUGGAGGUUGUUUAGAAGCUCUGAAGGAGCCUCUCCUAAUGUGCGUGUGUGCCUGGGUGCACAGGUGUGAGUGUGCGUAAGGGUGUGUGGGCUUGCUCAGCUGAGCACAUAUGCUGUUUACACGUGUGCUCCUUUGUGUGUAUGUGUGUGCGCGUGUGUGCGUGUGUGUGUGUGUGCGUGCGUGCGUGUGUGUGUGUGUGUGUGUGUGUGUGUGUGUACCAAGCUUGCUAAAAUUUGUUCUGAAACAUCAGGGAAUCUAAUAUUCAGAAAAAAAUUUCCCUCUUAGAUCUUUUCACUUUAAAUUUUUCCAUUAAUAUAAAAUUUGGUUAGUGAGUUCUUAAAUCAAGGUAACUUGCAUGGUGGGGUCCUAUAGAACUUUGACUAUGUCUAGAUGAUUUUCUGAUGUGAAUAUUGAAAGGAUCAACCUGUGGCUUAUUGAUAACAGUAUCACCAAUUGAAUUAAUGGAGGAUGUGUUUAUUCUGAGUCAUCUACCUACUUAAAUCAUUUACACAAGCCAGUUAUCUAGUUGACAGUCAACCAUUUUAUUCAUCAUCAACCUCAUUGCUCUUUUCUAAUAAGUCUACUAAGUGUGGACAAAGGCAUUGGCUUCUGUGGUUAAUAGAGAAGAAAUACAUUGUUAAAAAUCAGAAAGCCCAAACUAUUCAGUUCACAAGAAGUGCCCCCCAAAUAGUAAAUUGUGUUGUAUGUUCAUUUGGAAUAAAGCAAUAUUUUUACCACUGCUAAGGUGAACUGAGAACUUCUCCUGAAGACAUGUCUGUUUUAUUUCCCUUACUUUCACGGGGCAUUCAAGGAAACUAGUGUUCACUUACCUAGUCUUUUUCCAAUUAUUGGUGGUGUUGUUAUGUUUACACUGUUUUAAAUAAAAAGGCACAGUAUUUGAAAGUAUGUAAAAGAUUGCUUUCAGUGUAGUUUGGAAAAGCCUAAUUAAGAUAUCUUUGUGGAAGACUCACAGUCCAUGGAGAGAAUCUGUGAUUGUUUCUGGCUCUAGAAGAUAUAAUGUACAACUCUUCAUUCAGGUUAAGUUGUUUCUGUUGAAAAUACAUUGAAAAUUGUUCUUUGUGAACAUUCAUUAAUAAUAAUGCCAUUCAGGGAAAAGAAAGAGCAUUAAAAUAUAAUCAAAACUGCUUAAUAGGAAGUCAAGGUCUCAAAUAUUGAGAACACAUUGAUGGGAAUGUAUUUUAUAUUUAGCAAAAGUGUAUGCAGUAUUUAUCAGUUGCCCUGUUACAGCAUCAUUGUACAUAUUAACACUGCUAAAGAUUUAAAAACACACAGCUUUUUAAUAUCUCCUAGGUCAUCAUAGUUCCCAUCAGAAAAUACUUCAUCAUUUGGAAAAUUCAGAGUUUAGUUAAGUCUAUAAAAACUCCAUAAACUGAGCAUUCAAUAUAGCAUUGUGUUCAAUUUUACCAGAAGUACCAAACAACUGCAAAGCCACAGAAGUUUGUUGAAGUAAACUUAUGUUUUUUGCCCUUAAAAUGUUACUUGUUGUUUUUCUAAAAGGUCCAUUCAUCCAAGGAGGAUGGCAUGUUCUCUGACUCACUAACAUUAUUUUAAUGUAACAUUUACACCAAAGUAAGGUCAGCCAAAGCUGUCUCAAUGUAACGCUUUAUUUAAAGGAAUUAAGGCUAUAUCUGGUGAUUUCGCUGCAAAUUCCUUCCCUAUACAUUCUGCAGAUUAUGAAUAUCAAACACAUCCAGGCAGUGUUAUGGAAAGUUUACAGUUAUUGAUACUUCCUUGAACACUCAAGACAAAGAUCCUCCACAGAAGUAAUUAUUGCUGGCACUCAAUGGUUCUUGUCUCCUUCUGGAACAGGAAGCUCUUCUGCAAAAUGUCUAUGUUCAAAGGACACACAUGGUAGGGCAUCAGCUGCCAUGUGCCAGGUGCUGACGCAUUGAGACUUUCAAAGGUAACCUGACAUGGUGAACAUCUGGAGCCAUCAUCACUUUGUCCUUCAAGUUCAUGUGCUUUCAUGGACAUGCUGAUUUUUGCAUGAUACCUUUGAAUUUGCUUCAUUUUCCUUGUCUUUAUGAUGUGAAUAGAAAUUUGGAAAUUUGUAAUUACAUAGGCUACAUAUUUGUUAUUGACAGGAGACUGAUUGUCACCCAUUGUUUUUUGCUUUGAAUCAUUUUCUAGUAUGUCUCUUUUUUAUGAAACAUUUUUUAUUCUAAAUUACUGGUAGCUAUUGUGGAAUGCUGUUGUUCAGAAUAUGACCAAUCUUAUGUUACUAAGAUAGAAUAGAAAUGAUGUUAGAGAAUUAGCAUCCAAUUUUUCUUCUUAAUGUAUAUUAAAUACUCUGUUUCAAAUUCUGGCCCGAUAUCUACCUUGCUGCGGGUUCAGGUCAAUUUACCACAUCUCUAAUGAUUUACAUAAUUUUUUAAGUAAGAAGAACAAGAAUUACUGGAAAUUAAUCUAGCUUAGGUCAUUUUAUCAGACACCAAAAACAACAGAAGGGCCAAAAAUAUUCAAAAUGUCCAUUCAUUUCUGCAGUGAAUAACAGCUACAAUUUUAGAAGGGCCCUCCCUGCUGCCCAAGGCUGAGGCUACCAGUAACCAGGUCUCCACCAGAACACAUUCAACAUUCGCAGCCAUCACCCAAAACCUAUCCUGCUAUAUGGUGCUACAGGAAACCACAAGUCCCUAAUGUGUGUGUGGGAGGUGGUGAUCUCUGAUUUGAGCCCUGUAAACCUGAGAUAAGUGCUAAGAAACAUUUCUCCAAUGAGUACAUCAUAUACCUAGGAACCAAGCAGGCGGGCGGGGUUUUUAUUUGAUUUUUGGUACCUGGGAAACAUUUUCUAUAUAAAGAAUACUUUUUAUUAUUCAAUUGUAUAGCUUCAGUACAGUGUUCUCAAUGGAUAGCAUGUGUACACUGUGUUUGUAUCUUGUCUUCAGAAACUCAGUCCUCAUCCAGGCAAGACCAGCACAAGGUUUCUGGGCUGUUCUCAAUUUUAAACAUCCCAAUAUGCUGUGGUUGAGAUGAAGCCUUUGAAAAAGCUUUUCUUUCUUCAUCCUUUCUUUCCCUUUUAAAGAAACACUGAGGGAAAAGGAAGAAAUUCAUUCUCUAAGAUCUGCAUCACUCUCUUUGAAUAGUGUGUUUCCUACUGUGACUACACCAACAAUAUAAAUAUACGUGUAUAUUAAAUUGAAGUGAUUAUUUUGGUAACUUUAUUUUUGUUUCAUUUGACAAAUAUCAAGUGAUUACCUCAUGGAAUGUCAAUUGAAUAAAAGCAUUUAGUGGUCAGCCAACUUGACAACAUCUUGAUCAUAAAGAGCGUUUCAGUUCCUUCUCUUUCUUAGUCAAGCUGAAAUAUCCUUGGGUUAAAAAUUCAGAAAAUCCUACACAAAAAAUCUGGUUGAUUCUCUCCUCGAAAUGAAAAUUAAAU